AUGAGUGAACAUGUGAUAACCUACUUGGAGCUGAAAUAUGAUCAGUCUAAAAGGCUGAAACAUGGAGACAAAGAUCCUUCAGCUACACCUAUUCACUGGCAGCUUACUACGCUUGUUCUUGGGAUUCUCUGCCUGAUGUUAUUGAUAGCAAGAGGAGCUUUGGGUUACAACGAGGCUCAGCUGGGCAGAGAGCAGGAAAACCUUGUGAAGCAAGUGGAGAAUCUCACCUCUGAGCUGACGUCCUGCCAAGAACCCAGCCUUCCUGGAAGUCAAAGGGAGCAGCCCCAGGACACAGGGGAGAAGUGUCCAGCACGGUGGGUUGUCCACAAGGACAGUUCCUAUCUCUUUUCUCCUGAAAAAGGAACUUGGGAAAAGUGUCAUUCCUCCUGCAUUUUACAAUCUGCCCAGCUGUUCACCAUUGAGGGUGGAGAAGAGUUGGAUUUCAUAAAAAAAGAAUUAUAUGAAUAUUUCGAAGAUCAUGGUGGUGUUUCCUGGUACUACCCAUUCUGGAUUGGACUGUCGUAUAAUCCUGGAUCCAGGAAGUGGGUUUGGAAAGACAACACAGAUCUCUCCUCUUUUUUGUUUGUGCUCUCAGACCCCAGUCCUCAGAAUUAUCGAGAUGGAGCGUGUGCAUUUUUGCAAGGUGAAAAAGUGAAACCUGGAGGCUGCGGAGAUACUUGGUUCUGCAUUUGUGAGACGAAGAAGAAAGCACAAGGAAAAAAUAAACUUGUUUGA